AUGGCCUCUCACCAUGACGAUGACACCAUGCCCGAGGAGACUCAGGGCUACAAGCUGUCUCAGCCCAAGCAAAGCCUAGCGGAGUAUCAACAGAUGGAUGAGAAUGACGAGUCACUCCAGCGCUAUAAGCAGUCUCUUGGUCUCACCGGCGGCAACGACCUAAGCGACCCGAAUGACCCGCGCGUCUGCAUUAUUCACUCCCUUACCAUGGACUCGCCAGGCCGCCCGCCCAUCACCAUCGACCUGGGCUCACCAGGCUCCGAGCACACUCUGAAGGACAAGCCCUUCAAGAUCAAGGAAGGCGCCAAAUUCACCAUGUCGGCCACGUUCAAGGUCCAGCACGAGGUCCUCAGUGGCCUCCACUAUGUGCAGAUUGUCAAGCGCAAGGGCAUCAGGGUGUCCAAGGACAGCGAGAUGAUUGGCUCAUACGCUCCCAAUACUGAUAAGACCCCCCUCUACAACAAGAAGUUCAACGAGGAGGAAGCCCCUUCCGGGAUGCUCGCCCGCGGCCACUACAACGCCGUCUCGUCGUUCGUCGAUGAUGACAAGAAAACACACCUGACGUUCGAGUGGUCGUUCGAUAUUGCCAAGGAUUGGGAGUAG